AUGCUCCCUUCCCUUGCGCCUCUCAUGCUCCCUUCCCUUGCGCCUCUCAUGCUCCCUUCCCUUGCGCCUCUCAUGCUCCCUUCCCUUGCGCCUCUCAUGCUCCCUUCCCUUGCGCCUCUCAUGCUCCCUUCCCUUGCGCCUCUCAUGCUCCCUUCCCUUGCGCCUCUCAUGCUCCCUUCCCUUGCGCCUCUCAUGCUCCCUUCCCUUGCGCCUCUCAUGCUCCCUUCCCUUGCGCCUCUCAUGCUCCCUUCCCUUGCGCCUCUCAUGCUCCCUUCCCUUGCGCCUCUCAUGCUCCCUUCCCUUGCGCCUCUCAUGCUCCCUUCCCUUGCGCCUCUCAUGCUCCCUUCCCUUGCGCCUCUCAUGCUCCCUUCCCUUGCGCCUCUCAUGCUCCCUUCCCUUGCGCCUCUCAUGCUCCCUUCCCUUGCGCCUCUCAUGCUCCCUUCCCUUGCGCCUCUCAUGCUCCCUUCCCUUGCGCCUCUCAUGCUCCCUUCCCUUGCGCCUCUCAUGCUCCCUUCCCUUGCGCCUCUCAUGCUCCCUUCCCUUGCGCCUCUCAUGCUCCCUUCCCUUGCGCCUCUCAUGCUCCCUUCCCUUGCGCCUCUCAUGCUCCCUUCCCUUGCGCCUCUCAUGCUCCCUUCCCUUGCGCCUCUCAUGCUCCCUUCCCUUGCGCCUCUCAUGCUCCCUUCCCUUGCGCCUCUCAUGCUCCCUUCCCUUGCGCCUCUCAUGCUCCCUUCCCUUGCGCCUCUCAUGCUCCCUUCCCUUGCGCCUCUCAUGCUCCCUUCCCUUGCGCCUCUCAUGCUCCCUUCCCUUGCGCCUCUCAUGCUCCCUUCCCUUGCGCCUCUCAUGCUCCCUUCCCUUGCGCCUCUCAUGCUCCCUUCCCUUGCGCCUCUCAUGCUCCCUUCCCUUGCGCCUCUCAUGCUCCCUUCCCUUGCGCCUCUCAUGCUCCCUUCCCUUGCGCCUCUCAUGCUCCCUUCCCUUGCGCCUCUCAUGCUCCCUUCCCUUGCGCCUCUCAUGCUCCCUUCCCUUGCGCCUCUCAUGCUCCCUUCCCUUGCGCCCCUCAUGCUCCCUUCCCUUGCGCCCCUCAUGCUCCCUUCCCUUGCGCCUCUCAUGCUCCCUUCCCUUGCGCCUCUCAUGCUCCCUUCCCUUGCGCCUCUCAUGCUCCCUUCCCUUGCGCCUCUCAUGCUCCCUUCCCUUGCGCCUCUCAUGCUCCCUUCCCUUGCGCCUCUCAUGCUCCCUUCCCUUGCGCCUCUCAUGCUCCCUUCCCUUGCGCCUCUCAUGCUCCCUUCCCUUGCGCCUCUCAUGCUCCCUUCCCUUGCGCCUCUCAUGCUCCCUUCCCUUGCGCCUCUCAUGCUCCCUUCCCUUGCGCCUCUCAUGCUCCCUUCCCUUGCGCCUCUCAUGCUCCCUUCCCUUGCGCCUCUCAUGCUCCCUUCCCUUGCGCCUCUCAUGCUCCCUUCCCUUGCGCCUCUCAUGCUCCCUUCCCUUGCGCCUCUCAUGCUCCCUUCCCUUGCGCCUCUCAUGCUCCCUUCCCUUGCGCCCCUCAUGCUCCCUUCCCUUGCGCCCCUCAUGCUCCCUUCCCUUGCGCCCCUCAUGCUCCCUUCCCUUGCGCCCCUCAUGCUCCCUUCCCUUGCGCCCCUCAUGCUCCCUUCCCUUGCGCCCCUCAUGCUCCCUUCCCUUGCGCCCCUCAUGCUCCCUUCCCUUGCGCCCCUCAUGCUCCCUUCCCUUGCGCCCCUCAUGCUCCCUUCCCUUGCGCCCCUCAUGCUCCCUUCCCUUGCGCCCCUCAUGCUCCCUUCCCUUGCGCCCCUCAUGCUCCCUUCCCUUGCGCCCCUCAUGCUCCCUUCCCUUGCGCCCCUCAUGCUCCCUUCCCUUGCGCCCCUCAUGCUCCCUUCCCUUGCGCCCCUCAUGCUCCCUUCCCUUGCGCCCCUCAUGCUCCCUUCCCUUGCGCCCCUCAUGCUCCCUUCCCUUGCGCCCCUCAUGCUCCCUUCCCUUGCGCCCCUCAUGCUCCCUUCCCUUGCGCCCCUCAUGCUCCCUUCCCUUGCGCCCCUCAUGCUCCCUUCCCUUGCGCCCCUCAUGCUCCCUUCCCUUGCGCCUCUCAUGCUCCCUUCCCUUGCGCCCCUCAUGCUCCCUUCCCUUGCGCCCCUCAUGCUCCCUUCCCUUGCGCCCCUCAUGCUCCCUUCCCUUGCGCCCCUCAUGCUCCCUUCCCUUGCGCCCCUCAUGCUCCCUUCCCUUGCGCCCCUCAUGCUCCCUUCCCUUGCGCCCCUCAUGCUCCCUUCCCUUGCGCCCCUCAUGCUCCCUUCCCUUGCGCCCCUCAUGCUCCCUUCCCUUGCGCCCCUCAUGCUCCCUUCCCUUGCGCCCCUCAUGCUCCCUUCCCUUGCGCCCCUCAUGCUCCCUUCCCUUGCGCCCCUCAUGCUCCCUUCCCUUGCGCCCCUCAUGCUCCCUUCCCUUGCGCCCCUCAUGCUCCCUUCCCUUGCGCCCCUCAUGCUCCCUUCCCUUGCGCCCCUCAUGCUCCCUUCCCUUGCGCCCCUCAUGCUCCCUUCCCUUGCGCCCCUCAUGCUCCCUUCCCUUGCGCCCCUCAUGCUCCCUUCCCUUGCGCCCCUCAUGCUCCCUUCCCUUGCGCCCCUCAUGCUCCCUUCCCUUGCGCCCCUCAUGCUCCCUUCCCUUGCGCCCCUCAUGCUCCCUUCCCUUGCGCCCCUCAUGCUCCCUUCCCUUGCGCCCCUCAUGCUCCCUUCCCUUGCGCCCCUCAUGCUCCCUUCCCUUGCGCCCCUCAUGCUCCCUUCCCUUGCGCCCCUCAUGCUCCCUUCCCUUGCGCCCCUCAUGCUCCCUUCCCUUGCGCCCCUCAUGCUCCCUUCCCUUGCGCCCCUCAUGCUCCCUUCCCUUGCGCCCCUCAUGCUCCCUUCCCUUGCGCCCCUCAUGCUCCCUUCCCUUGCGCCCCUCAUGCUCCCUUCCCUUGCGCCCCUCAUGCUCCCUUCCCUUGCGCCCCUCAUGCUCCCUUCCCUUGCGCCCCUCAUGCUCCCUUCCCUUGCGCCCCUCAUGCUCCCUUCCCUUGCGCCCCUCAUGCUCCCUUCCCUUGCGCCCCUCAUGCUCCCUUCCCUUGCGCCCCUCAUGCUCCCUUCCCUUGCGCCCCUCAUGCUCCCUUCCCUUGCGCCCCUCAUGCUCCCUUCCCUUGCGCCUCUCAUGCUCCCUUCCCUUGCGCCCCAUAUGUGCCGCUCAUGUGCCGCUCUUCCUGCACCCCCCCUAUUAUCACACCAUGGCAUCAGUUCUUCCUGGGCGACUACCGCCGCUUCGCCCUGGAUUCAUUCCACAACGCCCUCGAUGAGGUGGGUGGGCCCUCAUGCCCUCCCCUGCACCGCUUCACUCACGCCCUUGCCUGCUCUUUCGCUCUCCCUGCACUCCUGCUCUUGCUUGCUGCUUCUCUUCGCAAAUUGCAUUUCCUCGUCGCCUGCACCCCCAUCGCCGGCCCACCUACUCAAGCCCUCCCCCCAAUGGCCCCCCAUCCCGCCCUCCCUCCCCUCCCAGGAGGCGAACGUGCUAACGGAGGAGCGCACGUGGAUGGAUCCCAUAUGCGAUGCGGGCAUGCAGCCGUACCCCGAGCCCUACCAGUCGCGCUUCAACGCGCUGCGCUUCGCCCUGCUGGGGCGCCCCUACCACCCGUCCACCGUCCCGCUGAGGGUGGGGCGCAUAGAGGCGGACGACCUAGCCUUCCAGCCUGUUCCCAACGAGCCCCUCGGUGCCCCCGGCUCCGCCCCCCUGCCCCUCCUGCCCCUGCCUGGUCUUGCUGGUGGUGGGCGCGGGGGAGGUGGGCGGAGGGACGGGGUGAGGAGAGAGGAAGGAGUAAGGGGGAGGAGGGAAGAGGAUGGGGAGGUGCAGGUGGUGAGUGGGGGCGAGGAGGGGGAGGAGGGGAGGGUGGGAGGGGGAGAGGGGGGUGGUGCAGGAGUGGGUGAUGGAGGGAGGGAGAGAGGGGAGGGGAGGCGGCGGGAAAGCCAGCGAUGGGAGUUAAGGGAGAGGCUGCCUGUGAGGCGGUAUGAGGGGUUUGAGUUGACCAUUGGGGGGGAGGAGGAGAGGGGCGAGGAGGAGAGAGGGGAGGAGGACUCAGAGUAUGAAGUGAGUGGGGGAGAGGAGGAGAGGCGCGGAGGGAGUGAGGAGGAGCAGGAGGGGGAGACGGAGGAGGAAGAGGAGGGUGGGCAGGGGGAGGGAGAGGGAGAGGGAGAUAGGGAGGAUGGGCAGGGCACGAGGCGGUCCCGAAGGCUGCUGGGGAAGAGGCGGCGGCGGUGGGGGAGGGCAGGGGAGGGCGAAGGGGAUGAGGAGGACGAGGAGGGCGUUGAGGAGGUGCGGGAGCAUGGGAGGCGGGAGAGGCGGAUGAUCACCAGGGGGAGCAGUGGCACGGGGAGUGGACGGGGCAAGGGGAAGCAGGGCGGACAGGGGCGGGGGAUGAGGAAUGGGAGGGGGGGAAGGGGCAGGGCGCGCAAGGUGGCAAGGGGAGGUGGAGGCGGGGGAGGCAGGGGGAGAGGGCGGGUGAGGCGCGCAGGGAAGGACGUGGAGGGGGAGGAGGAGGAGGAGUGGGGUGCAGAGCCUUGGGAGGAUGCGAGUGGUGCAGGGCAGAGAAGGUUUGUUGCAGGCGAGGAAGAAGAGGAUGAGUAUGAUGAGGAGGAAGAGGAGGAGGGAGAAGGAGAAGAUGAGUGGGAAGGGGAUGAGGAAGAGGAGGAUGAAGAGGAAGAGGAGGAAGGUGAGGAGGAAGGGGAGGAGUAUGAGGAGGAGGAGGACGUGGAGAAGUACAAGCGAGUGGGGCAUGCGUCUAGAAGCCUGGCCACUGUACCUUACGCCCAGCACUGGCCACAUGGGUUGCAAGCGGGGGGAGGGCAUGGCGUGGGGGAAGGCAGUGGGUAUGGGAGGGGGCAGCAGGACAUGUUGGCAGUGAGGGGCGGGCACGGCACUAUCACUCCUGUGGGCCGCCUCAAACUCAAAAUCAACCUCCGAAAUCCCUCUGCUGCUGCUGCUGCUGCUGCCGAUGCUGCUGCUGGUGCUGAUGUUGCUCCUGGCGCCGACACUGCUGGUGGCGCCGACACUGCUGGUGGUGCUGGCGCGUCUGCGGUGUGUGGUGCUGGCGGCGGCAGUGCGGGCAGCUCCAGUGCAGCGCUGCGUGGAGUGACCAAGUCGCAGCUCAAGCAGCGCAUGGUGGCUCAACGAACCCAGGCCGCACAGGCCCUGCAGCAACACACUCUUUCCACGGCGCAGGAGGACAAGGAGGCGAAGGAGGAGGAUGAGAGAGAGGAGGAGGAUGAUGAGGGGGAUGAGGAGAGUGCGUCCCUGGGUACUGACGAACGUGCAGCCGUGCGUGGGGUGGGCGCUGUGUGGGCUGUGCAGAUGACGACGACGCCUGGCGCCCCUCCAAGCGCUCCCGCUGCUGACUCCGCGCCGGUUGGCGGUGCUAACAAUCCAACUGAUGCUGCUGGAGGUGCUGCUGCUGCCGCUGCUACAGCAGCGGCGCGCGGGGGGCUGCCGGUUGCGGUGCCGGCUGGCACGAGGAGGAAGAGGAACGCGCGUGGGACAGCAGUGCAGCGCACGGGCCGCACAGACAGACUGGGAGGAGGGGGCGUGCAGGAGGGUAGGGGCGGCGGUGGGGCAGGUGUGUGUGCUCUGGCGCUGCUGCUUCCCCGCACAGCAGCACCGGCUGCUGCUGUGUGUGAGGCCGGUGGUGCGGACAUGGUGGGUCCUGGGAGCGGGGUCAGUGUGGGCGACCACGCUGCAGGACAGCACGAUGGUGGACGGGCAGACGAAGGGGUAGAUGGAGGGGCAGGUGAAGGAGCAGGUAGUCAUGUCGAGUGCAGGACAGAGGCUGGAGAGGAGAAGGGAGCGACUGGCGAGGAGGAAGGAAAGGGAGAGGAUGUGAGGAAGGGGGGGGAGGGUGAGAGCGCAGAGGAGGGCACGAGCGAGGCAGGUGUUGGUGUGGUGGCGGGGGAGUGGGGGGAGGAAGGGGGGGAGAUGAGUGCGCGCAAGGAGGAGCUGUUCGUUGAGCUGUUUGGGGAGGAGGGCGCGGAGGACGGCGCAGGGCUGCCCGGGGAUGACCUGCUCAGCCCGAUUGGUGCUGGGGUGGUGGGCACGGAGGAGGGCGGUGGGGAGGAGGGCGGCAGAGAGGAGGGCGGCAGAGAGGAGGGCGGCAGAGAGGAGAGGGAGGAGGGCAGCAGGGAGGAGGGCGUGAAGGAGGAGGGCGUGAAGGAGGAGGGCGUGAAGGAGGAGGGCGUGAAGGAGGAGGGCGACGGAGGCAAUACCAGCCAUGGGAGUGGGAGUAAGCAAGGGGACGCGAAUGGGGAAACAGGGCGUGAGGGGGACAGCGGUGGCGGGCAAGCAGGGAGCGAUGAUGGCGUGAAGGCGCAUGGCAGUGAAUGGGGCAGCUGUGAGGGGCAGCAUGCAUGCGCGGUUGGUGCGCCUGCUGAUGCCCCCGCUGCUGUCAGGGCCGGCAGCGCAGGAGAGGCUAGAGAGCAGGCUCGCGAGGAGGGUGGGAGGAGUGCAGAGGGGGGUGCUGAGGAGCAGCGGUGUGCGGAGGAGGAAGGGGAGGGCCGGGAUAAUGCGGAAGGGAAUGCGGAGGGCGAGCAGAGGGAGGAGGGUGCGAAUGGUGGUGGCGAUGAUGGUGGGCACAGCGAGGGCGAGAGAAGAGGGGGUGGCGCUGCUGAUGGGGAGGAGACGUAUGGUGGGGCGACGGGGGCACAAGGGGAUGAGCGAGAUGCUAGUGGUGAUUCAGACAAGGGGAAUGGGGCGAAGGAGGAGGGGUGUGAGGGGAACAACGAGCUCAGAAUAGAGCAAGAGGGGAGGAUGAGUGGGAGGAGGAACGUGAGGAGGCGGCUGGAGCAUAGGAAGAGAGAGGCAGGGGAGGAUGCUAAUGGGGAAAGUGCAGGGGAGCAUGGGAAUGGGAUUGAGAGCAGUGCGGUGCAGAAAGGGGAGUCGGAGCAUGAUACAAGCAAUGAUGCUGAGGAGGAUGGGGAGGAAGGGGAGGAGGAGGAGGUAAAGAGUGAAGAGGAGGCAGAUGAGGCCGAGGAGGAAGAGGGGGAGGAGGAGGAGAGUGAGUCAUAUGGUGAGUCAAGUGAGGGUGAUGGGAGUGAUGAAAGUGAGGGGAGUGAUGAGGGUGGUGAGAGUGAUAGGAGUGAUGGGAGUGAUGGGAGUGAUGGAAGUGAUGGGAGUGAUGGGAGUGAGGGAAGUGAUGGGAGUGACGCAAGUGAGGAAACCACGGCGCCCUCUCCUGGGACAGUGGGGGCUGAGGCGAGAGGAAGUCGCGAUGGAGAGAGGGGCGAUGGGGGCGGGAGGGCAGCGGGCCGGGUGCGAGCGGGUGCGGGGUGGGUGGGAGCGACAGAGUGGAGGGAGGGCGACCCUUACCUGCCUGAGGUGGGUGAUGACGUCAUCUACUGCUUCCAGGGCCACCUCAGCUUCCUGGAAAGUGCUGGGCGCAGCCGCAGCCGCGGGCUGGACGAGAAGCUUCGGAGGAAGCUGCGGCCGGCGGAGCUGUGUGUGGUGGAGGAGGUGGGGUACUACUGGGUGGAGAGCGGUGGCAGGGGGGCGGGGCAGGGGCGGCGAGGGGGAGGCAGGGGGGCAGGGGAGGCACGGCGAGUGGGGUGCAGAGCGGUGCUGCGGGUUGUGGAGAGUGAGAGCCCGGCGUGUGGGGAGAGGGUGGGCGUGGAGGUGGAGGAGGAGGGCGAGGAGUAUGUGGUGGAACGCUGGCGCUAUGAUGCUGCCAUGGCCAAGGGCUGGCACCCCAAACAGCACUGCCUGGCGUAUUGGAGCAGGGAGUCGCUGCCAGCGGGCCUCAAGCCACCGCCCCUGCCGGAGUCGGCAUCGGGCAGGGCAGUGGCAGAGCACCCGCGUGCAGUGCUGUUCCGCGGCCGCAUCCAGACAGACAGCCCCUUCGACCCCGCCCUGCCCCUCAGCCCCUGGCGCAGGUCAGCCCCUCACCGCUUGCUGCUCCUCACCGCUUGCUGCUCCUCACCGCUUGCUGCUCCUCUUGUACCCAUUCUCCCACUCUCCCCCACUGCUCGCUCCACUGCCCUCUGCAUGCCCUCUGCUGCACACCCCUCCGAUCUCACCCCUGUCCCCCCCUCCUCUCCCUCUCCCUCUCCCCAUCAGGCUACGGGUGCACUACGCGCAUGA